AUGCCAGUCGGCGGCGGCCACCGCCUCCUCGGCCUCCCGGCCCUCACCAUCGCCGUCGUCGGCGUCAUAACCGCCACCGCCGGCCUCCUCAUCUACCGCCUCCUAGCCUACCUAUGGUGCCACUACAACGCCGCCACGCGCGGGGGAGCCGCCGUUGACGACGACGCGCCAGGCCAUACGCCGCCGCCGGUCCCGCUCCGCACGGUCAUGAACUUCAGCGACGCCAGCGUGGAGCAGUUCUCGUCGGUGGACCACCUCAUCCCCACGUGCCAGUACAGCGACGACGUCGGCACGUGCGCCAAGACGGAGGAUUACGGCACGUGCGCAGUCUGCCUGGCGCAGUUCGCCGUCGGGGAGCCCGUCCGCGUGCUGCCGGAGUGCUUGCACAUUUUCCACGCCGGAUGUAUCGACACGUGGCUGUUCCAGCACUCCGACUGCCCCGUGUGCCGGACCGACACCGGCGUGCGCGGUAUUGGUUGA